AUGAAGGUAAACGAAGAGGAAACGAGAGGCGAAUUGGUGACUCCAGGGGAAGUUCUAGGAAAAGCAGCGGAGUUGAAAGCAGGAAAAGGUGCUUAUGUUUCACCCCAUAAUAAUACCGUGUAUGCCUCUCUAACUGGAUUCCGAACCCUUACCUAUCCUCCCCCUGACUCUCCUGACCCGAGGCCAACAGUGGACGUGAUUGGUCAUAAGGCCCAUGGUGCUGUUCCCGAGAGUGGUGCUACUGUCAUUGCAAGAGUUACUAAAGUGACGGCUAGAAUGGCUUCAGCAGAUAUAAUGUGUGUAGGUCCCAAGUCUGUACGAGAAAAAUUCACAGGAAUUAUUAGGCAACAAGAUGUCCGAGCAACUGAGAUUGACAAAGUAGAUAUGCACUCCUCCUUCCGCCCGGGUGACAUUGUUAGAGCUUUAGUUCUAUCCCUGGGAGAUGCUAGGGCAUAUCAUUUAUCAACUGCAAAAAAUGAGCUUGGUGUUGUAUCUGCAGAAAGUGCAGCAGGUGCAACGAUGGUUCCCAUAAGUUGGACAGAGAUGCAGUGUCCUUUAACAGGUCAAAUUGAGCAGAGAAAAGUUGCUAAAAUUGGAGCUUGA